AUCGGCACACACAGGGCAACAGCCGUCCCCGUAGUAAGGGUGAGGCUGACACCCCUCCACCAGACAGGGAGCACAGGAGUUCUCGCUGGGGAUCCCCCCGCAGGGGUGUCCGCACGGUAGAGGUCUUCGGCAGGAAGAAGAAUCGAAACGAAAGUAGACUUAGCCAGACAAGCGUUCGUGUGUUACAUUUCUUGGUGGUAUACUACAUUCUUCGUGAAACAGGAAACGUGAAAAGAAUCUUGCUAAAAAUCUGUGCAGGAUUUUUAAGGAAAGCAGAAUGGGACCAAAGAAAAGGCAACAAUCAGCAGGUAAAAAAUCUAGGAAUUACUCAGCAGAACCAAAAGCUUCAAAGAACUCAGUAGUUAAAGACGAAGACUCAAAACCAAUUCAAGAAUCACAAGAAAGCCAAGAACCGAAGCUUUCACCUCAGCAGAAUGAAGUUGAAGCAGAACCUGACAAAGUUGUAGAUAAGGGAGAGACGCAGCGUGGGGAGAAAUCAAAUGACAAUGAAACAGAUGGACAAUCCAAAAAGGGGAAAAAGAGGAAAAACAAAAAACAAGACCAUAAAGCAGAUGAUGUAGAAAGUAUAGUAAAUGACAUCGAGAAGCGUCCAUCUAAGCAGGAGAAACUAUGGAAAAGUAUUGAAGAUAUUUGUAAAGAUUGUCCUGAUCCCAUUUUUGACUUUUUUAGAAAUCUAGCCAAUGGAAAGCAUUGGACAUUUCUUAGUGAACUUAAAAAGGAAGACCUUAAAAAUGUUUUGGAUUCAUGCAAGUGCUCUGGUGUACCGGGUGAACCAUCCUUACAAGGAAGUGACCAAACCCAGAAAAGUGAGAGGAGAGGGAAAUCUAGAGGGAAAGCUAGUGAGGAGUCAUCAGAGACCAAACACGAUAUUGAGAUUAAGAGAAAAACAGAGGAAAUUAAUGAAUUAAGACAAAGCCUUAAAACUUAUUCUGGAGAUAUAAAAAGACUAGAGUCAGAAAAGAAAAAAAUUCAAGAGAAUUGUGAAAAAAUUUAUGCUGAAUUGAAUCGCAGAGAUGAACAGUUACAUCAUUUUAACAAUGAGUAUAAAAAGCUUAAUGAGGAAGUCAUGAAUCUAAGAAUGGAGUUAGGAAGAGAAAAGGAAAAAUGUAAGAAACUGGAGGAUUCAAACAAGCACUUAGCAGAGGAUAGGGACCAGUUUAAAGAUCGAUUUAGUAAAUUAGCAGAGACUAAACUAACGGCAGGAAAUGCACACAUUCAGGAUUUGAGUGAUAUGAACCGUCCUCAAAAAUUGGGGGAGAAGUUAUCAGAACUCUACGACAAUGAAUGGACAGAUGCAUUUGAGGACCUUCGAGACACCGAAAAUUUAGAUGAAAAAUCAAUUGUGCAGAAAUUGCUGGAGAUUUUUAAAACCUGCGUAUCCUUUUGUCAACUCAAUGCUGAGCAGCAAGAAAUGAGUAUUAUGGAGUCGGUCAGGAAAUCGUUGGAUUUCUCAUGGACUGAGAAGUCAGAGCUCUGUAAUGGAUCCCUAGAGGAUUCAGACCAGGAUAUUUUAUCACCCAGGGAUACCAAAAUUCUGAAGGACUUACUGAAAACUAAAGCUGUAGUUAGUGUUUCCCAUGUUAAAAAGAUGUUUCUGGCAGAAAACCCCAACUAUGCAGCACUGGGAGAAAACGUCCAGGCGUUUAUCAAUGGUUGUCUGGAGGUUUGCUGGCUGUCCGCAAUACAGGACCCUCCCCUAGCGUUUGAUUGGAACUUUCCAGAAGGCUCUGAUGUGGCCGACAAAGUGGUCAAGUUAUUCACCAAGUCCGGGACCAAAGUGGACUUUGUUGUCUGGCCUGUGAUGAAACUGCAUGUGGAUGGUGACAUUCUGUCUAAAGGUGUUGUACAACCCAUUCCAGAGGAAAAGAUCAAGAAGAAGAAGGAAUCUUUAUCAAAAGAGUGAAGUGUCAGGCAAAACGAUUACAAAAAAUCACAAGAUUUAAUACAUGCAUAUUCAUUGACAUGUACCUUACCUGUAUUUUGAAAAUAAUAACGAUGUUUAUUUUUAAAUAUAUUACAUGUAAGUAUUUGUUUGUACCUUAUAAUUGAACAUUGUACAGAUGUACUAUGAAUUGUAUUUAAUUUUUCUGAAUGAGUAUGUCAUUGAAUACCUAUUGGGGUGUAUGUAUAGACAUGCAUAAUUUACAUUUUUCAUUUUUAUAUUGUUGAUCCACUAUAUUAUCUAUGAAUGUAUGAAUUUUUUGUUUGCAAUGCAGAGAAAUUUUCAUGUUAGUCUGACAGCUUGUGACUUGUGAAAUGUCUUGUUUAAAAUAAGAUUCACACAGCUCUUUCCAAAAGUCAUGCAUAUGAAGUUGGUUUAUAUUAAGAUGGACAAAUUUACUGAGGAAGAGGGGAACACUUUUAAGACUUGAUAUAGAUGCAUGAAGAUACAUCAUUCUUAAAUCAAAAUUAUUAUUCCAGCAUUGGCAUGGCCUUUAUUAUGUAUUUUAAAAUAUCUAAUGCUAGUUAUUAAAUUAUAAAAACUGCAGACCCAAAUUCAAGAUUUAGAGAUUAGAAGCUGACAUAGACAUUUUUUUAACUGAACAAUACAAAAACAGGGUUUUUUCUUGACUUUAUUAGAAGUAAAAUGUUAAUAUUUAACACAUCUACUAACAUUUAAAAUGAGAUUGAAAAUAAAGCCAUUGACAAAAAAUAAACAUCCCUAUAUUACAACAAUCUGGUUAGAAAUUUCUUUCAGUUGUUUGAUAGAUACAGGGUAUUGCUGUAUUCAGUCUGAUUAAAACCACCACCCCCCUUCUCACUUAUCAUACUUGUCAGGAUCUGGCCCUGACCAGGGGGGUGGUUUAAAUCAGACUUUGCUGUAUUUUACUGUUAUCAGUCAAUGGUUCUUUAUUUUGUAAGUUAUAUCUGUUACUAUGAAACAUUCAUUUUCUAUAUAUACAUGCAUUUAAGUAUAUUUUUAAAAGUUUAUUUUGAAUUCUUUAGUCAGCAUUGUAUGCUUGAUUUUAUUUUUGGAUGAACUUAUUAUUCUCCAGGUUUUUUAAUAUACCAGUGAACCGUAUUAUACUUUGAUGAAAAUUUUCUAGUGUGAAUUUUUUGUUCUGAACUUCCAAAAUUAUCAUCUGACAUCAUUUACAAUAUAUGUACUCUAUGAUGCUCUAUGAUCAGGGGUAUUAACACAUCACCAAAGUAAAUGUUUUGUUUCAUAUACUAUUAUACAGUAGAAUUUAUCUCUCAUUAUUGAUCACAAUCAAAAAAAAUAUAUCAUGUGUACAAUUUGAUACAAAAAGGAAAAUAAAACAUUUAUUGACAGA